UUUCGAUUAGUAUUGGCCCAGAGCCAGAGGAGCCUAGUCAGCGCACGGAGACCGACAAAAUGUUAGUUCUGGUGUCACUGUUCCUGAUUCCGCUAGGCACUUACCUGUACCUCACCUGGCACCACAACUACUGGCGCAAGCGCGGCCUAAUCACAGCUCGUCCGCUUGGCGUACUGGGCACUUAUCCGGGCCUCCUGACCCGGAAGAGCAACCUAGUCACCGACGUGCAAAAGAUUUACGACCAAUACAAGGAUAAACACAGAGCCGUGGGUGUUUUCGUGACCCGCCAGCCGCAGAUCCUGGUCCUUGAUCCUGAACUGGCCCACGAGGUAUUGGUUGGGAAUUUUCGCAGCUUCAAGGACUCCUUGACUAGUUCUUACAUCAAGCAUGCCAAAUGGGACAAGUAUGCCCCUCUCAAUCCUUUCUGGGCUGCUGGUGAAUCCUGGCGGCGACUUCGCACGGACGCCCAGGCGGGCAUAUCCAGUCAUCGGCUGAAGCAGGGCUAUGCCAUCUGGGAGCAGGGCGGAAAAAUGUUAACGGACUACAUGACCCGCCAGGUGACGGACCAUAGCCAGAUCCUGGAAACCAGAGAUCUCUGCUUUCGCUACACGGCCCAUGUAAUGGCGGACUUCAUAUGGGGCAUUGAUGCUGGAACCCUUACGCGACCCAUGGAGAAACAAAAUAAGAUCCAGCAGAUGGCCAUCCGGUGGACCAGUUACGCCUUCUACAUGAUCUCUAUUUUUAUGGCCUCCAUCGUGGCGCCCUGUGUCCGGCGCCUGCUGCGCUUUCGUUUCUAUCCGAAGGAAACGGACGAGUUCUUCUCCAACCUGACCAGGGAGUCCAUUGAGUUGCGUCUAAAGGACGGCAGGGAUGCUGCUCGCAAGGAUUACCUCUCCCAUCUGCUGCAACUCCGUGAUCAGAAGCAGGCCACCCAUGACGAACUGGUGGGUCAUGCCCUGACUGUACUACUGGAUGGAUACGACACCACUGGUGCGGCUCUCCUACACGCUCUCCAUUAUUUGUCCGAACAUCCAGGAGCUCAGAAAAAGUUGCGAACGGAAAUCCUGGCUGGCUUGGGAACCGACAAGAGCCUGGACUUUGAGAAGUUGUGUUCGCUUCCAUAUCUGGAGCAAGUGGUUUACGAAUCUUUACGACUUAGCAGUUUGAUACCUCAAUACACAAAAGUCUGUACACAUCCCACAAUAAUUCAGUUGAAUGAAGUCAAAAGGCUUGAAGUUGAGGAGGGCGUGACGAUCAUGAUACCCAACUAUCAGUUUCAUCAUGACAAACAAUACUUUCCCGAACCCGAAGUGUUCAGGCCCGAACGCUUCGACAACGGGGCCUAUCAAGAGUUAAUGAGGAAGGGUAUCUUUCUCCCAUUUAGCGAUGGUCCUCGCGUUUGUAUGGGUAUGCGCUUGGCUUUACUGACUUUGAAAUCAGCCUUGGCUCACAUUGUCAGUGAGUUUGAAGUGUUAAGAGGCAGAGAACGGUUGGUACCCAACGAAGACGCUGGCUUCGGGAUCGUGCUGCAGGGAAAUGUUAAUCUCGAAUAUCGCCGACUUCAGAGAUAGAUCUUAGCAAUCAAGCUUUUGUUUAUAUAUUAAAUGCGAAAAAUAUAAUAUACGAUUUGUGGCUGCCUCUAAUAAAUACACUUAAUAAAUUAAAAGUCAUGCCUA